AGGUCUGGUCCCACCCAUAUGUGAACAGCUUUUGUCACAAGUGAAAAAAAAAGAAGUCCCUUUCACAUUUUCCCCCCUUGCCUCCCUUCCUCCCUCCUCAGUCCUCCCUUCCUACUUCCUUCCCUCCCUCCCUCCUCAGCAUCAAGUGCAGUGUGAGCGGAGCGACUUGUCUCUCAGCCUCUUUGAAGGAGCAAUGAGGAGAAGGCAGCCCUGCUGAUAGCAGAAGGUCUGGGAUGCAGUGAAGUCCCGUUUGUUUUCCAGUUCAUUUGUGUAGGUCCUGGGAAAACAAACAAUAACGUUGCGGAUUUGGCAGAUCCAUCAAUCGAAUGCGAGCAGAGCCAGGCCCAACUUAACAAUGGGCCACAUACCCUUCUGUGUCCUGGUCUCAGUGACAGUGCUGGCUGUGGUGGCUGUAGCUGCUCUAGAUGAUGAGUACACCUGGCCGCAGUGGAAAGUUCCUCUGGUGAGGAAAAGACGUACUGUGCCUCUCAGCAGCCCAAGCUUCUCAGCUCAUCCACAGCCAGAGCUAAGUGGGACUUGUGGGAUCGAGUGCCAGCGUCGCCUUCCUUCACCUUCCCUGGAAGACUUGGAGCAGUUCUUGUCUUACGAGACAGUCUACGAAAAUGGCACACGCACGUUUACUUCCAUUUCUGUGCAGGGUCUCAACGAGAUGACUGCAUGGUCCAGAAAUGCCUCGUCUAGCUCGCGCCACAAACGAGAGGUGUAUGGCACAGAUACCCGCUUCACCAUCGCUGAUAAGCAGUUCUCUACCAAAUAUCCGUUUUCCACCUCUGUGAAGGUGUCCACAGGCUGUUCUGGGGUUCUGGUAUCCCCUAAACAUGUGCUGACUGCUGCCCACUGCAUCCAUGAUGGAAAGGAUUAUCUAGAUGGAGUGCAGAAACUACGUGUCGGGAUUCUGAAGGAGAAAUCCAGGCGAGGGAAAGGAGGCAGAGAGAGAGGAGGACGACGAAAAGGUAGAAGAAGAAAGGGAGACACAGCUCAAGAAGACGGACAGGAAAAGGAGGAGAAUGGCGGUAAAGGGAGGGGAAAAGGGAAAAGUAGGAAGAACCGAAAUAGGCGAAGCGUGGAAUCUGAGAAACCAUCAUUUAGGUGGACAAGAGUCAAAAAGACCCAGGUUCCUAAGGGUUGGUUCAAAGGCGUGUCGGGUGGACUGGCUGCGGAUUACGACUAUGCUGUUCUGGAGCUGAAGAAAUCCUCAAAAGUCAAGCCCAUGGAUCUGGGUGUGAUCUCCUCAGUCAAGAAGCUUCCUGCUGGGAGGAUCCACUUCUCCGGCUUCGAUGAUGACCGACCUGGUAACUUGGUGUACCGGUUCUGCUCCGUGUCUGAGGAAUCCAAUGAUUUGUUGUACCAAUACUGUGAUGCCAAACCUGGCUCCAGUGGCUCUGGGGUCUACAUCCGCCUCAAAGAACCAGGCAAGAAGAAGUGGAAGAGAAAGAUCAUUGGAGUUUUCUCCGGUCACCAGUGGGUGGAUGUUAAUGGGGACGGGACGCAGCAGGAUUACAACGUGGCAGUGAGGAUAACACCCCUGAAAUAUGCUCAGAUCUGCAACUGGGUCCAUGGAGACUCAAGCGCGUGCCAGGUAGCCUAAAAAACACAGGAUCCCCCCAACCUACACACUCCUCGUUUUUAAUCAUCAAUCAGGGGCCCAACAACUGCCUUCCUGUGACCUCCUGUGCCUCCCAGUGGCUCCUGCUACACUGGUCCACACACACACACACACACACACACACACACACACACACACACACACACACACACACACACACACACACACACACACAGCCAUUCAGACUCUGUGUUGACAAGAGAAACUCGUCAGCGCAUCAGAACUGUGGCUCUUCAGCUUUUCUAAUUUAUUUGCUAAAAAGAAAAAAAACAACUGAGAAAAAUCAUAUAUAUUAUAUGUAUUUUUCAGAUCAUUCUGAUCUGCUGUUUCUAAUUUGACCUUCUUUUUUUUUUAAGAUAUGACCUCUUUGGAAGGUUGAAAAGUGUGUAUAUUAUAUUAUCCCUGGUACAUUUAUUCCCUGUAUGAAAAGACUGCACUACAAGUCUUCUCCACUAGUGCGCAUCAAGUUUGACAAAAGGCCCAGGAAAAAUUAUUGUAACUCUUGUUUCGCAAUUGAACUAUAUGGAGAUAUGGAAAUAACUUUUUUAUAAACAUUUUUAAUUGAACAUGUUCCACUGUGUGUAGCUAUCUUGUUUUUUUGUUUUGUUUUUUCAAACUACCUUUUGAAGACAAAUCGUCUGUCUAAAUAGAGAAAGGGUCCUUAUAGAAAAUAGUUUUUUUUUCUCUGUGAGUCUUGCAAUCUUUUUCUCUGUUCUUGCAACACAGUGAAAUGUGGUUUCAUUAUUGUGAACAUAACUGUGUUGGUGCUUAUCCAGAAGAUGUGGUGCUAAUUUAUGAAAAAGUAGAAGGCUUUUAAAAGAUGUUUUGUUAGCCACAUACUGUAACUAUAUAUUUAAUGUGAGGCUACAGAUUUGGGUUGCAUUAAGAUGGAUCCGAACAAUCCAACAAUUUACUUGAGCUGCAUAUAUUUUUCCAAAUCUAAAGGAUAUUAGAUUUGCUAUAAUAUGUCGUGUAAUGGAAGGUUUUAAAUGUGGAUUUCUUGGGGGGGGGGGGUUUUUUUUUUUUUAGAUUUUCAUGUUGCUUAUAUUCAAAAAGUUCAUGAGUAUCCUUUUGAAGACCAAAUAUCUGACAUUAAAGAUGCAGAUUGAAAACUACCAAACAUUAAAUCAAGUUUACUACCUGUGUGUAUAUGUGUGUUUUCAAUUACGUACAUUCAACCACAGUGAUCUAUAAAAUAUCUAAACCAUUAAACAACACCGUCGGCUUUGAAACCCGCAGCUAGUGAUGACAUAUUCAACCAAGUAUAAUGUAAAAGCAAACUUUAAAAGUGCUUUCAUCUUUUAAAUUAAGAAAACCGAUCAGUUGCACACAGUUUAUUGGAUGUUUAAUCGAUAAAAUUUAAAUUAAAUUACGAAAAACUUCUCCAGAGUAGCUUCAUAUCAACUGUGAAGUAUAGCUUUGGAAAUGUGAUAGUUUGAUGCGACCGUGCAGCUUGAUAUCAUUGAUUAAGCUCUGAAUUCUGCAUCAUAUGAACCUUUAAACAGGAUUACAACCUUAAGCACUUUAGCAAAUCUACUGAGACAAUAAAAAAGAAGAAACAGAGUGUUAUGGGAUCAAGAUUAUAAGCCCAGAUGUGAAUCACUCUAGUGGGAUUUAAAAACUGGCAGCACAUGCAAAAAAGUUAUUUUUUUCAUGGAAGAACAGGGAUGAAGAAAAUUCUCUCAGAUGUAUGGGGUUGCACUGGCCUCUCCAGUCAAAGGUAAACUUAGUUUAUCCACAGACUAAUGUGGAGAACCUUACAGAUUAAUAGGUUUUUAUUGCGUAAAUGAUUGAAAAAGCUGAAAUUUUUUAAACUGAAAAUGACACAUUUCACAUUGGAUCUGUUUUCUUGUUUAAAAAACUUGCAGAAAAGUAUUCAAUUAAAUUUGGACACUGUGGAGUUUAGUUUCUGAAUGAGUAAAGGAAAAAAAAUUUUUUUAUCAACAUAUGGCUUAGAGAAAUAAAGUUAAAUUAAAAAAAAGACAAAACAAUUGAGCAAAAAACAAAAACAAAAAACAGCACAAAAAAUGACUUGCUGAUAUCACUCCAUUUCAUUCAAAUAUGGUCACUUCUGGCUAAGACAUAAGACAAAAAUGCCAGCAAACAAAAUACUAACACUGAAGCAUUCAUGCUCAGAAUGAAAUCAUAAUAGUCAGUACAGAAUACACAUGCUUCGUUCUGCACCCAGACUGUACAACCCCACAUCUAGAUUGGAAUAACUGGGAAGAGACACCGGCCUAGGAUGUGUGUUUCUUGAUUAUUUUGUGAUCAUUUCAAAUUUUGACAUACAUUUUGACAUUUUGACAUACACAUGUUUUUCAACUCUACUCUUUUAGACCUCUUUGGAGGACAGAGCCACAGCAAAAGACAGUUAUAAGAAAAAAA